AUGCCCUUCUACGUCUCUGCCUGCAUUGGAAUCGUCAACGCUCUCAAUAUUCUAUUCAUCUGUCCUGAAUCUCUAAGCCAGGAUUCCAGGAAGUCAGAAGUGAAACUUCUUGAUGCCAAUCCUAUCGGAGCGAUCAGGAUGCUCAGUCGCAACUCGCUGGUCAAGGGAGUGUCCCUUUCUUACUUUCUCUUGUGGUUCGCGCAUGUAGGCCUUCAGGCCACGUGGAUGAACUUCUUCAGCUUCGCUCACGGUUGGUCCAACGGCAAGAGUGGAGGGGUCCUGUCUGUAUUUGGCAUAGCGACAGCUAUCCUCCCUAAGCUCGUGCUCAAGUUCUUCAGUCAUUCAGACGCUAUCAAGUUUGCUCUGCUCAUCUACUCUGCCGCCAUGUUUCUGCUUGCCAACGUGUCAGGCGACAAGUAA